AUGGAGUGUAGAGGAAAAUCAUGCACUCAUUUAAUUUCGACGUAUCUAGAGUGUAGAGGAGAUGUGUUGAAGGGAGCCGACCAAAAUGGUGAUGGUUUAUGGGGUUCAGUAUUUGAGAAUGUGGAAGAGUCACGAAGACUCAAUCCAACUUUACACCCAAGGACAUUCAAAGCUCUUACUAGCCUUUGGAAAAAAAUCAACGGAGAUGUGAAUUCAUGGGUCGGGAUAUAUACCGAGGCGAAAAGGAAGAAGUGGUCUGACUGCAAUGAAAAAGACGUCCUGACUGAAACCCGUGAGAUGUGGAUAAAAGUCCAUGGACCCCAAUUUACAUUGAAGCAUGCAUGGAAUGUUAUGAAACACGACGAUAAAUGGGCAGAUGGCAUCCAAAUGAGCGGCGGAAGCUCAAAACGGUCUGGUCUAGACGAAGGUGCAAGCUCAAAACAUCUUGACGGCAACAAGAAAGUUAAGAGUAGGAGAAAAGCCCCAACAUCCAAUUCUCCAUUUCCAUCCUCUUCAGAAUUUACAAGGAGAAUUAGUUUGGGAGAAGAAUUGCUUGAGUAUUAA